UCAUUACGAGUCCGGUCAUUAUGCAUAAAUAACCACAACCCGACAACCCGAUUGUAGAAGAUACGUCACUUCACUUUGUUACUUAAUAUUUUUAUUCAUUGAGAAAGUAAUAUUUCUUUUUCUCAUUUUUCUCAUCUUUCCUGGCUACUCUUUCAUGGAAGGUUUAGGGGAUUGAUCUUCUUCUUUUUCCUGCUAUUUUCAUGCCUGCUCUAGCUGCACCUAAGAAUGUGCAAUCACAUAUUUCUAAAUUCUACAAUAUAAGAGCGAUAGUUUUGUAUUUAUUUUUCGGGUGUAUUUUGGAGCUAGCUGGGAUCUCUUGAUAAAGUGACCCUUAUAGACCCAUCAUGGGGCCUAAGGGUCACGUUAUCAUGCCAUGAUAACGUGACCCUUUAGCCUGUGAGUACGUGACACCCUUUGAAACCAAAGAGUUAAAAAAAGUGGAUAAGAGUUUUGAUACUAAAAAUGUCGAUCCAACUCUUUGUUGUACAAUAAAUGUUUGGUUUCCUUUUUUUACAACAGUUGCCAACUUCAACCCCAGUGCUCUUAGUCUAUUUUUUCCCGCCGCCAAAAGGAAAAAAAUGAAAUCGAGAUUGAACAGCUUCACGACCUGUCAGAAGAACAACCGAAUGCAACAUCUUUAACAACACACAGCAAUGACCACCAUAUUUAAAGGGCCGUCGAAAGCCUGACAAGUGCUAGGGACGAGGUUGUUUUUUCAACAAUAACGUAAAAUUUAACGUAUGCGCGAAUUCCCAUAAUGGUACUUGUUUAUUUAGUUGCUGAAGGCGCCACGUGCAUUGUAACCAAAAUGGACCAUAAACACAACAAAAGAAGAAAUUCAAUUGAACGUUAUCAACCGAAAAGUAAACACAACCCUGAUGAAGAUAUAGUUGAUAGCUUUAACCAAGUUUCUUUAGAAGAUAGGAACACAGGCGAGGAAGGACUUCGAUGUGAAGCCCCUGUGUAUCACCACAAGAAAAAAAGUCCCAGCAGAAGAGGUGUAAACAGCCAUUUGUUUGGAAGAAGUAAUGAUGGUAGACGUGGUCGUGGACGGGGAUCUCACAGAGGUAGUAAAUAUGGCGAACAACAUAGCAGUUCUUCAUUAAAAAACUAUGAUGACAGAAACUCUUGGGGACAAAAUAAUCCAGAAAAUUUUAAUUUUGUAUCUAAUAGUAAUGAACAAAAACCAUAUUACCAACCAUCAUAUAGAAAGCAUGUGCAAGAGGAACGUGGUAUGACACCAAGAAAAAAGAAUACUGAGACAUUCAAACCUUCUCACAAGCCAGCAGAGAUGAGAAUUUUGGCUGCCCAUGCUGGUUGGAAAAAAUACAGUAGGGAAAUAACAUCGCGAGAUGUAUUAGUUGUGCAUGAUUUGUUUUGUGAGCCAAAUGAUUUGACAAUUUAUAACAAGUUAUUGGGGGAAAUACGACAAUCUGGCAUUGAGGAAACAGACUUAUGGCAGUUGUGGCAUGGGGACAGCCAUGUAAUUGCAGAUGAUAAGAAAAAGUGGAAGGAGUCUUGUCCCACAUUUCACAUGGUCCUAAAUAAGAUCAGUGAUUAUUUUGACAUGGAUAUUAAAGCGACACGUUUAAAUUGGUAUCGUGAUUCGAAAGAGUGGAAGCCUUUUCAUCAUGAUGCUGCAGCUAUUAAACCUGAUAAAGCUAAAACACAAAAUUUUACAGUUGCUGUCUCAUUUGGAGCCGAGAGAGAAGCAGCAUUUGAGCAUGCAACUACAAAAACAGUUAUUUCAAUGCCACAACCAAAUGGUACAAUAUAUGUAUUUUCCAAAGAUGUAAAUGUGAUUUGGAGGCAUGGUAUUCUGCAGGUACCACCAGAAAAAUAUCAUUCAGAGGGUCGUAUUUCAAUUAUUGCAUGGGGAUGGGUUGAGCAAAAUCAAGUUUAGAAGUACAGGUUUUUAGAAGAUUAGUGUUAUAUUUUUAUUUGUAUGUUAUGCUGCAUAUGACACCAUUACUCGCUUAUGCUUAAAAAAAUCCAAGUGCUUCAAUAAUUGUAGUCACCAUUGCUAACAAUUUAAUUUUUUUACCCUCUCGUAAGGUGUCAUUCCCAUUCCAUGUCUUUGUUAGGUAUAUUUUUCUUAUUUACAAUCCGAAUUCUGUGCCAAUGCCUUAAUCAUUCAAAAAUACAGACAUAUGUUACGUUAUAAUAAUCCUAAUUUAGCAAAAACCUUGUUUCCAAAAUUCUUAGGUCUAAAAUCUAAUUUAAAACUUGCAAAUAGGCAUUAUAACAAAGAAUGGUGUACAUUAUGUUUUUGAACUUUAUUGCUCACCUUUAUAUUCCAUUGCUAGAUUAUUCCAGGAUUUAAAGGUACUACUGUUUUAUGUAAACUUAAGUAUAAAACAGCCUUUCUAAUGACUUUGCAUUGUAGAUCUCAGCAGACACACGCAAUUCACAGCCACUUUCGAAUAAAAACAACAGUAAUAAGCAAUAUUUUUCUAUAAUAUACCUUGUUUUGAUGUUUUCAUUUUGUUUUUAUCCAUCAUUUAACCUUUUUUAUCUGAAUGUUUUAUUUUUCUGUUUUUACAGACUUUUUUAUUUAAAAAUUGUAUCAAGUAGGAUUUUUUACUUCAAAUAUUUUUCAUUUUAUAAGAUUGAGUUUAAAAGUCAAUUUUGAGAUUGAAAAAAACACUGAUAGGAACAUUGCCAGUUUCUUUGAUGAUUUUUCGUGACAUUUUGCAUAUCAGAAUUAAGUUAUACAGUGCAAAAUUCCUUGUCUGCUGAUUUUUUAGUGUGUAGCAUGUUAAAGAUUGCAUUCUCUAUCAAGUGUUUAAGUAUUUCUUUGUAAUUGUACAUUCUAUUGAUAAAACUGCCUUGCCGUAUGACAAAGCAGACAACUCAAUGGUGCUUUUUGUGAUUUGUCAUUAGCCACAUAAUAAAGAGAUUUUCCAGCAUUCUUAGGUCUCUUAAUUUUUUUUUAAUUUCAUCAUUAAAUUCUUUUAUGGUACAAAAACACACAAUCCUUGCAUCUAUUAUCUAAAACGUAAUGCAUAAUUUCCAUCAUAACUUUUAUGGAUUUUUAAACCUUGCCUUCUUCAUUUCCUUCUCUUCAUGUCGGACACAAUACAUUCUUCCAUUUUAGUUAAAUCCAUUCAUCAAUGCACUCUACAGCUAUAUAUAUUCGUAAAAAACUUGAAAGAUUUUAAUGAAAACUUUAUCUCUAAUGAAAUUCGGAAUGAUAAUACAAUGAUAUGAUGAUAAUAAUGAUGAUAUAAUGAUAAUACAAGGUAUCUUUUCCAUCAGCACCACCAUUUCUUUCAUUGUCAAAGUAAUAUGUUACAGGUCGUUCCACCAAAAACUUCAGUUUACCCUUGUAUGUCCUCACAUGUCGUAUGUAACACCAGUAACACCAUAGUUUAAUAUUGUUGGGGUGGUUCAUCAUUUCUUAAGACUAUAACUCCAAUAUAUGUAUCUAACUUAAUAUACUACUUACCUGCGUACGCGGGUUGUAAAACAGCAUUUCGUCUUCAUUCAAAUCAUACCUGGUACAUGCUCUUUUUUACUUUUCAGUGAUUGCCCAACCACAGCUAUAUCUUCAUAAUAGAUAUCUAUUCCAUCAGUGCUUGGUAAAAUUUUGAUCAGAUUAACAACAACUAAUGUGUUUUCAGGCAAAUUGACUUUUGGUAUUGACACUUAACUAUCGACAUCAAAAUUCUCCAACGGUUUAACAAACAUUGAUUGGUCAUUUUCAACCUUUUAAAAUAUUUGAUUUUGAUAGAUGUUUUGUAUUCACAAUGGAUCCAUCUGUAUCGGCUGCUUUCUUGUUACUUCCAUUUGAGUAUUCUUUGUUUUUGGCAGAUUGUCAUUAUAGUAAAUGACAAUUUUAUACCUUAUACCUUUAAUAAUUCUUCUAAAUAUAUAAAUAAUUUCAAAUAAAUUAAUUUUAUUUUAAUUUGAACUUGCAAUAGAAGAGGACGUUAUGUAUUCGCAAGAGGAUGUUUAUCAAGAAUUUUUAAAUAAAAGAUAAUUUUUCUAACAUAUAACAUUACUAAACACCACUAAAUACAUCAGGGUUAUGGAAGACUUCCUUGACCCCAUGCGGAAUAAAAUCCAUGUUACCCAAACAUCACCUACUUAAAAUCAGAACCAACAAGUUUAUGAUGCAUAACACCACUUUAAAUAAAUAUUUGACGACUGCCAGUUUCAAUCAUGAAAUUUAAUUCUAUCCAGAUGUAAGAAAGUUAAAAAGCCCUGGGUUCAAACUUUUCUCUCUAUUAAAAAAUAAAUAAACAAACGGCGAAACCUUUUAUUUGUAGUCAAAAUGGUAGCAUUUUAGCUAGCUAUUUACAGUAAAACAAAAGGUAAAAAAAUCAAAAAAAUGUAUAUGAAUCAAUGGGAAAUAAAAGUGAAGGGAGAUAUUUAGAUUAUUAUCUAUUCUUAACAGUAGAUAAUAAUGUAUAUUAAUUAUUAAUAUACAUUAUAAUAGUAAAUAUUUUUUUCACGAAGCAUGGAAAUGAUUGUCCAUCUGUCUGACCUCUCCUAAAAUGAUCCUGACAGUCGAUCAACAAAAUUUGUCAGUCAGUGACCGUUGACUGGCCGUUAUUUUAAACGCUGUCAUAACUUGAAGGUUUUUUUCACACAUUGCAGAUAGGUUUCAUUCCGGAAUUGUUUUGUUUUGGAUUUCAUUAUUUAUAGUGCAACGGAAUCAUUCCGUUUUGCGUAUCAGAUAGCUUUCAAACCGUGUGAAUGCGAGGCCUACCUGCAACAAUCAUUUCGCAACGACAUCUAUCCGCAAUGUGUAAACAUAGUCUAAAUAGGCUGUUUUGAUAUCUGCAAUUCUAGGAUCACUUCCAAAAUUGUUUAAGAGAUUUCUUUGCUUAAACUGUCAAUAACUUUUGUAUAGUCUCCUAAAAAUAACAAACCUAUUUUGGUAAAAAGGCUCUUUCAAUGCCUUAACCAGCGUGUAUUUGUGCGUUAAUUCAAAUAUUUUGUUAGGUUUUUUCCUUAUCUUUCUUCGAGCAAUGUGUACCUUUAAUAUGUUAUUUGACGUUGUAUGUUUAAAGAAAUUCUGUUGUUUGUGAAUUCAAAACGCUUUUUUGGUCACAAAUGUCACUUAGAAGCUGAAAUUUUUGUGAUAAGUUUAUAUUGAUUCUUGUGAUAAGAAUCUAUUGUUUAUUUUCGAAAUUAUGCCACAGCAACAUAAAUUUAUCUUGCCUAACAAGGAAACUUUUGUUCAUGUGGGACCAGAAAGCCACAAGUGAUAAGCACUAUAUACCAUCUAUAACAUUAAAAUUAAGUGCCAAUAAAAGGUUAGGCUGCCCUUAAGUCGGUCGGGUGGCAGAUUAUUUAUUUUUUCCUUUUCGUCAAACAAAAAAAGUCAUUUUUUCUACUUCAGUCUCUUCGUGACCCUUGCUUUACUGUAUAAUGCUGGGUCUAUUUUUUGUACCUCCAGGAAAACAAUCGUUGCACUUCAGAAUUGCUGUUUGUUGUUGUUCUUAGUCCCCAGCAUGGACUGCUAUUAUCAGGUGUUGUUGUCCAGUUCAAUCGUUACUUCAGGAUGUUCUAAACCGGGAAAUGUUGACAUCAAUAUACCUUAAAAAGUUUGCUCUUUGUCAAGCUUUAAUAGCUUGUUUAUGGAAAGAACCAAUGUUCUCCAUAGCUGAGUGCUCCACAGCAGUCACAGCAAACGUCGGCACCAUCUUAACUAACUUGAAACAUGUCAGCGUAAAUACAUAAGGUACUCUUUUGUUUUGAUUAUUCAUUUGCUUAGCGAUUUGUUUGCUAUAUUUUUAUUUAACUAUGCUUAUACUUAUGAAGAAUUGAUUUACGUCAGUAAUUUAACCAUUUUUGUGUCGGAAAUCAGCGAAAUACUGGGAAAAUAAAAGAAUAUUAAAGGAUCAAACUUUUUGUGGUCAGCAAGAAAAUGCAAUGGUAGGCUGGAAAACAGUAAACGGCAAAUUUUUUAAGGACCCUAAUUUUUUAAUAAAAAUAUAAAUAUAUCUCUAUAAUAAUAGCCGUCGUCUGUCUGUUUGUGCGUCAAAAGCGACUUGUGUUAACCACGCACGAAAUACAAAAUAUACAGGGCGAGAAACCGUUGGGCCCCCACUGGCACAGGGACAAUUGCCGCUAAAAUAAAGGUCCAAUCAGGGGCGGAGUUUUAUAUAAAUGACCAAUCAGAAACUAAAGCUCUUCAUAUUUCUUAGCAACGAUUUUUAUGUUAUCGGUCCGAAAUUGGCAAGCAGAUUGAACCAACUCAUUGCUGGAGAAAGAAAAGCUUCUUAACUGUUUGCUUUAAUUUUUCUUUCUGAUACUUCUAUUUGUAUUCUAACAAGAUUGCAGUUUCUUUUACUUUCGGGUAUUUUUUUUUGUUUACAUUUUUAUUCACCUUUACUUUAUAGUAAGCUAGCUAGCUACUAGCUAAGCUACCUAUUCAGCCACCUAAAGAUUUGUAUUAUUUUUAUUUGCCUCUUACUGUCACGUUCUCUAGCCAUUUAUUAAUCUUAAACAAAACCAAUUUUAAGAUUCUGGCUACCAACGUAGAUGUUAGCUAACAUUUCUGAUUUUUGUGUUAACUUUACUUGGUUGUGAGCUGUGGUUAGCUACCUCUAGCUAAAAUGUAAAAGUUUUAGCUAGAGGUAGAGGUAGGUAAAUUUAGCAAAAGUCAAAAGUUUAUUAAUGAGACACAGAGUACCUGUGCUAUGUACCUAUCCUGUCUGUACGGGUGUGCAUAUCCCGUAUGUACGGGUGUGCAACACUGUUUACCUGGACUAACCACUCAACCCUGUGUUG